AUGGACCGAUUAGGUCUUUAUGUUUUAGCCGUGUUAUUUUUAAUCCAUGGACCCCAUAUCAUACAAGGUCAGUGCACCAGUGGUCAGUUUCAGUGUAAUAAUGGUCAAUGCAUAGAUCAAGACUGGAGGUGUGAUGGAACGAAGGACUGCCCAGACGACUCUGAUGAAUUGAACUGUCCAUCACCCUCCUGUAGCUCUCAGCAGUUCAAGUGCUUGACUGGAGGAGAGUGCAUUCCUUUAGCAUUUGUAUGUGAUGGGGAGCCAGACUGCACAGAUGGCUCUGAUGAGCAAAGGGCAUGUGGUGGUCAGACAUGCAGCACAGAGCAGUUCACCUGUCGAGAAGGGCAGUGCAUUCCCAAACAAUACCAAUGUGAUCAUGUAUCAGACUGUGUUGACAACUCUGAUGAAAACAACUGUAACUACCCAGCCUGCACUGAGAAGACAUGCACUAAUGGAGCAUGCUACAACAACACUCAACACUGCAAUGGGAUACUAGACUGUCGAGAUGGAUCAGAUGAAUUCAACUGCAGUGAGUGUACAAGGCAUUGUCAGCCACAUCAGUUUGAAUGCACUAAUGGAUACUGCAUCCCAAUGCCCUUUCUCUGUGAUCACUGGGAUGACUGUGGGGACAACAGUGAUGAGCAAAACUGUGAGUAUCAGACCUGUAGUGGGUCAGAGUUCUCCUGCAGUAAUGGACGCUGUAUGCCUCAGCAGUGGGUGUGUGAUGGCAUCAACGACUGUGGGGACUUCAGUGACGAGAAUGGAUGUGACCCAGGAACCCGCGACUGUUACCCUGGCGAGUGGCCCUGUCCGGGCUCUUCAGUGUGUGUCCCCAUAAACAAAGUGUGUGACAAUCACCCCGAUUGUCCCAGUGGAACAGAUGAGACCAACACUACAGCACAGCUAACCUGUGGUUUACACCAGUGUUCUGCUCUAAGCUGUGAAUACCAAUGUCAUUCCAGUCCUCAGGGCGGAGCCUGCUACUGUCCCGAUGGCUUCACUGUUGCCAAUGACAGCCGUUCCUGUGUGGACUAUGAUGACUGUAAAAUUUGGGGAAUCUGUGAUCAGUUCUGUGAGGAUCGACCAGGCACACAUCAUUGCAGUUGUGCAAACGGAUACUUCCUGGAGCAUGGUCAUGUCUGCAAGGCCAAUAUUUCAGGGGGUUUACCACAGCUGAUCUUCACAGAUGGACGGGAUAUUAAGAUGGCAGACAUACAUGGGCGGUUUGUUAGAACUCUGGUCCAAUCAGAUGGUAAAGGUUACGCGGUGGGCGUUGGCUACAACUGGCACUCUCAACGGAUCUUCUGGACAGACACCAAUUCUCAGAAGGUAUACGCCAUAAACUUUGAUGGUGGGGAUAAGACAGUGGUGCUGUCUGAAGCAGUGCACUAUGCCCAGAAUGUGGCUGUGGACUGGAUCAACUUAAAGCUUUACUUUGUGGAGGAACGCGUGGAGAGGAUUGAAGCAUGUGAUUAUGAUGGGGGGAACCGUGUCACCCUAAUUGCAGAAAAUCUAGUGACCCCUCAUGGGCUUGCUCUGGACCCAAUAGUAGGAUAUAUGUUCUUCACAGACUCUGGCUUUAACACAGAUGAUGUUAAACUGGAGCGGGCCUUCAUGGAUGGUAGUAACAGGUUUGAGUUGAUUAAGACCAGACUUGGUUCCCCUACUGGUAUCACCCUGGAUUUGGUCACCCAAAGGGUUUACUGGACAGACAGCCAUUUUAACCUUGUUGAAACAGUCACUUACAGUGGCUUGGACAGGAAAACAGUGCUCAAUGGAGGUCAUCAGGUUCCUCACCCAUUUGGGAUUGCAGUGUUUGAGAAUCACGCCUAUUUCACCGACUGGGUCAAGAUGGGUGUCAUUCGGACCAACCGCUUUAAUGGCAGUGACCCAACUUUUCUCUACCGCUCUACUAACAGACCUGGACAAAUUGUGGUCUCCCAUCCAGUCCUUCAGCCCAUCGUGAUAAAUCCAUGCGGCAGACACAAUGGAGGGUGUCAGCAAAUCUGCCUUCUGAGUCACCGCACUGACAACGAUGGGCUGGGUUACCGCUGCAAGUGUCGCCUAGGAUAUGACCUCCAGCCGGAUGGCCACACCUGCUUUAAGAUUAAAGAUUAUUUACUGGUAGCUUAUGCGAAAGCAGUCAGGGGGAUUCCCCUGAACGUGUCCUCCCAGGAAGAUGUCACCCUACCGCUCGCUGGCCUGGCCGAAACCUUCUCUGGCACUGCAGUAGAGUAUGACAGCUCAGUGGAGACUGUGUUCUACAAUGACCGCACAUGGCAGCUCAUUUACAAAUCACCCAUCAAUGGCACCUCACAGGAGAUCUUGACAGGUUACAGAGUGGGCUCUGUGGAGUCUAUGGCAUAUGACUGGACCUCUAAGAUACUCUUCUGGACAUCCAGCUCAUAUCGUACUGUCUCAGCUUUUAAAGUAACGGAUGGAUCCAGACGGGACAUUGUUAAGAAUUUGAAGUACCCCCGGGGUAUUGCUGUGCACCCCAGUGCAGGGCACCUCUUCUGGUCCGAUUGGUACCGGCCAGCUGUAAUCACCAGAGCAUACACAGAUGGAAGCAAUGCUAUUCCUCUAAUUAACACCACACUUGGCUGGCCUAAUGGACUCGCCGUGGACUAUCUAAUGGAUCGGCUGUACUGGGUAGAUGCACAGCUUGACCGGAUUGAGCAUGUGAGCAUUGAUGGGCUGGAUCGACAGGCUUUUUCCAGUAUCGGACAAAUCACUCAUCCAUUCUCGCUUACCUUACACUCAGAUCAUCUUUUUGUGUCAGACUGGAGAACAAAUUCAGUGUUCCGAAUGAGGAAGAGGGAUGGUGGAGAAAAUAUAAUACUCAGAAAGGGCAUCUUUGGCAUAAUGAAUGUCAAGGCCUAUUCAUCUGAUUUUCAGGACUUAUUCAAAAGCAGAUGCAACCUGAUUUCAAACGGCCGCUGCAGUCACUUCUGUUUCCCUAUACCUGCGUCCAACCGGGUGUGCGGCUGUCCCUAUGGCAUGAAGUUGCAGGAGAACCAGAGGGACUGUGUGAAGGAUGACUCUGAGCCCCCACCAGAUAAUAGCUGCGGAGACUACGCUUUUCCAUGUGAUGAGGGUCGCUGUGUACCUAAUUCAUACCGCUGUGAUGGUGUGAGCGACUGCAUCGACAAGACAGAUGAAGCUAACUGUACAGAGCCAGGGACAACUUGCUCUCCAUAUGCCUUCACCUGUGGGAACAAGCACUGCAUCCCUGCUAGAUGGCGCUGUGAUGGGCACGAUGACUGUGGUGACGGGACAGAUGAGAAUAACUGUCCCACACGUGGUCCAACCACCUGCGCAUCCCACCACUUCCCUUGCACCAAUGGAAACUGUAUCCCAAAACCAUGGGUGUGUGAUGCCUUCAAUGACUGUGGUGAUGGUUCUGAUGAGAGAGAGUGCAAUUCCACUAUUAGCACCUGCAGGCCGGGCUACUUCCUGUGUCCAGAUCACCGCUGUAUUUAUGGCUCAUAUGUCUGUGAUGGAGACCAGGACUGUUUGGAUGGCUCUGAUGAGAAGGACUGUGACUUCUCCUGUGGAAUGUACGAGUUUGCUUGUGCCAGUGGAGACCAGUGUGUGAGUCAGAGCUACCGCUGUGAUGGAGUUUAUGACUGCAGGGAUCACUCAGACGAGAGUGGCUGUCCCACACGUGGGCCAGGCCUGUGCCAUGACAAUGAGUUCCAGUGUCAGGUCGACGGAUUCUGUAUUCCAAAGGUGUGGGAAUGUGAUGGCCAUCUGGACUGUGAGGAUGGCUCUGACGAGCACAACGGCUGCCCACCCCGAACCUGCAGAUCUGGAGACUUCCAGUGUGCUAAUGGCAACUGUGUGCCUCAGAGCUGGGUUUGUGAUGGUGACAAUGACUGCAGGGAUAUGAGUGAUGAGAUGAACUGUCCCACUCCACCAUUCAGCUGCCCAUCAGGCCAGUGGUUGUGUCCCACAGACCAGGUGUGCAUCACAGAGUCUCAGGUGUGUGAUGGCCAGAGAGACUGUCCCAAUGGAGCGGAUGAGUCUCCCCUCUGCAAUGAAGAUGACUGUCAAGUGAAUAAUGGGGGCUGCAGUGAUGGUUGUAUUCAGGGCCCAUUUGGAGCUCAGUGCAUCUGUGACCCAGGAUUCCAGCUGUUGAAUGACUCGAAGACCUGUGAUGACAUAAACGAGUGUCUGAUCCCUGGCUUCUGCAGCCAGGCAUGCUUCAAUGAGCGAGGGUCCUUCCGAUGCUACUGCCAGGAUGGUUACCAGCUGGAGCCUGAUGGCCGCAUAUGCAAAGCCAACUCCCCAGGUGAAGCCUCACUUCUGGUGGCCAAACGCUACGAGAUUGUAUCUAACCGCAUCAACUUCAGGCCACCCAUCAUCCAACCCAUAGUCAGUGGCCAAAGCAUCGUCACUGUAGACUUUGAUAAUGUCAACAAAAGAAUCUACUGGGGUGAUAACUCUCAGAAAAUGAUCUUCAGUUCAUUCCAGAAUGGCACAGACCAACGCCAGGUGUUCUCCUCAGGCCUGAUGGUACCUGAAAGUAUAGCAGUGGAUUGGGUGGGUAGAAACCUUUACUGGACUGACUAUGUCAUGGAGAAUAUUGAAGUAUCCACUCUUGAUGGCCGCUUCCGGAAGAUUCUGAUUACCAAGAAUGUCACCAGCCCUCGUGGACUGGCUCUAGAUCCCCGCAACCAUACCAAUAUAUUGUUCUGGUCAGACUGGGGUCAGAACCCCCGUAUAGAACAGGCAAGCAUGGAUGGCUUGGCAAGAAGAGCAAUUGUGACCAGUAAGGUAUAUUGGCCUAAUGGACUAACCCUGGAUUACACAACCAGAAGAGUAUACUUUGCUGAUGCCUACCUAAAAUAUAUUGACUACUGUGACUACGAUGGCAAAAACCGGCAUCAAGUCUUUGCAAGUGACAUGGUUCUUCAGCAACCCCAUGGUAUAACCAUCUUUGAGGACAACAUCUACUGGAGUGACCGGUACAAUGGUCAAAUCAUGAGGACUAACAAAUUUCAUGGAGGAAACAUCACCAUCCUUCUGUCUGGUGUAUAUCAGGCCAUGGGUAUCGUCAUGGAUCACCCUGUAAAGCAGCCUUUAGCGCUUAACCCCUGUGCGAUCCAUACGUGCAGUCAGUUAUGCUUGCUAUCGAGCUUAAGACCUCGAUACUACACAUGUGCCUGUCAGUCUGGUUGGAACCUUGACAAUGAUGGCCGUACUUGUAUUAAAGAUGACACACCAUUCCUGAUGGUUGUCAGGGAUACAGUGAUAAUGGGAAUUCCUCUCAACCCCAGUGACACAUCCAACAAUGCCAUGGCCCCAAUUUCAGGCAUCACACAGGGCAGAGACAUUGAUUUUGAUGACCAAGAGCAGUUUGUCUACUGGGUGCAAGGCUCUGGCUCUAUUUAUAGAAGUAAGACUGACGGGGCCAAUCGAACUCAGUUUGCACCAGCUGCGAUCAUUGGUUCUCCCUCUGGUCUGGCAUUUGAUUGGAUAACACGAAUCAUGUACUACACCAAUCCCUCCAAUAAGGCCAUUGAGGUUAUUAGGGUUGAUGGAUCUCAACAUUACAGGAAGACUAUCAUCACAAACACAGGGAAACCAGAGGGAGCUGGACAGCCAAUAGGAAUAGCUCUUGAUCCAGCCAGGGGGAAACUGUUCUGGACAGACCGAGGGACAGACAGUGGAGUUCCACCAAAGGUGGCCAGUGCAGACAUGGAUGGUGGUAAUCUCAAAAACCUCUACACAGGUAACCUGGGCAACAUUGAGUUUAUCGCCACAGACAUUGAAGCCAGGAAGCUCUACUGGGGUGUCCCUCAAACUGGGAUGAUUGAGUGUGGAACAAUGGAUGGUGUGAGCAGGGUGACUAUUGUUAGUGGCUUAUCUCAUCCCUGGGGCAUCACUGUCUACCAAAAUUACCUCUACUACACUGACCUUGACUACGAGGUCAUUGAGAGAGUCGACAAGAACACGGGCGCAGACAUGGUGGUGAUGAGGAGUGGCAUGGCUGGGGUGCGGGCACUAAAAGUGUAUGCCAGAGACAACUCUGCUGGAACCACCAACACUUGCAGCACCAACAAUGGUGGAUGUCCUCACCUGUGUCUGCCAAAACCUGAUGGACAGAAGACUUGCGCCUGCACCACAGGUUUCAUCCCAUCUCAGGAUGGCUCCCGCUGUGAGCAGUACGACUCUUAUGCUGUAGUGUCCUCUCCCAGAUUUAUUAGAGGAUUCCACAUCAACAGUUCAGACCACUCUGAGGCCAUGGUUCCUGUGGGAGCUAGUACUUACUCUAUUAUUGACAAGUUGGACAUGCACAUCGCCUCUGGCUUCCUGUACUGGAUUGAUAACAGCACCUACUCAUCCUACAGAGGUCUUUACAGGGCCAAGACAGAUGGCUCCCGCUAUUCUUCUGUCAUCACUCAGUUAGGCACUGGAAGGAUUCAAGGCUUGGCUGUAGAUUGGAUAGCAGGAAACUUGUACUUUACUAUCGCAUAUACCACUCAGACUUACUUAGAGGUGUUACGUCUGAACUCAAGUGAUCGACUGAUCCUGUUAAAGAGUUCUGUGGAUCGUCCCCAAGAUCUCGCCAUCAGCCCCAAAUUGCGUCUGCUCUUCUGGACUGAUGCUGGCCAGUCACCUAAGAUCGAGAGCGCUCUUUUAGAUGGUACCAAUCGGACUAUUCUUGCGUCUGAAAGCCUAUCAUCUCCCCGAGGCCUUACAAUUGACUACACCAAUGACUUCCUCUUCUGGGUUGAUGAUGCACUAGAUAUGAUCUCAUGUAUGGCAGCUGACGGUUCUCAGCGACAGAUUGUACGAUACGGUAGUCGUUACCCCUCCCCGUACAGCGUUGCCAUCUUUGGCAACUACAUGCUCUGGGUGGAUCGCAAACUGGGCAAACUCUUUCAGGCCAGCAAGCUCCCUGGGAAUACAGACACUCCUGAGGUCAUCCGAGAUGGCAUUGAGGAUCUGACAGAUGUUGCAGUGUUUGACCCCCAUGUUCAGCCCACUGCCGCCAACCAGGUAGGUUUCAACCCCUGCCAAGAGGACAAUGGGCGCUGCCAACAGUUUUGCUUUGCGAUGCCUGAGCAGCAGCAGCCCAAAUGCGGCUGUGCCCAUGGCUCUCUGCUCAGCAAUGGAGUCUCUUGUGGAUUUGGCCUUGAUGAGUACCUUAUCUUCACCACGGAUUACUCACUGAACAGUAUCAGGCUGAACCCAGAUGACCACAGUUUCCCAUUUCCCACUUUUAAUCUGGGCUAUGGUGUAAUGGCUUUGGAGUUUGACUUUCAGGACAAGAGAGUGUUCUUUACACAGUACCUGGGUUUAGGAAGGAGUAAAAUAGGAUACAUCACAACCACAAGUAGCACCAGCCCUCCAAUCAUCAUAGCCAGCGAUCUGGAUGAUCCUGAAGGUCUGGCCUAUGACUGGAUCCACAAACGUCUUUAUUUUACAGAUUAUUAUAAUCGAAGUGUGCAGGCUAUGGGAGUAGAUGGCCAAAACCGUUCCUUCAUCGCACACACCAACCGCCCCAGAGCCAUUGUAGUGGAUCCCUGCUAUGGAUACCUGUACUGGACUGACUGGGGAUACCCUGCUAAAAUUGAACGAGCCACGCUUGGUGGAAACUUCCGGAUCCCUAUAAUAAACACAAGCCUUUCUCAGCCUAAUGCUCUGUCUUUGGAUUAUGAGGAAAGACUGUUGUACUGGGCUGAUUCAGCACUGGAUAUGAUCGAGCGUGCCUCUUUGACUGGAGAGAAUAGGGAAGUCAUUCUUAGUCAGACACAGUACCCAUUUUCUGUGACCGUGUUCCAGCAGGACAUAUACUGGACUGACUGGAACACUCGGACUGUGUAUCGUGCCAGCAAGGACGAUGGUUCUGGACUGACUAUAAUGGCCAAUGAGCUGCAAUAUAGACCCAAUGACGUGCAUGUCUUCUCUGCCAGCAAGCAGGAGAGCUGCUUGAGUCCCUGCCAGCUGUUCAACGGAGGCUGCAGCCAUGUCUGUGUCCCAGGUCCAGCUGGUCCAGAGUGUCAGUGUCCCAGCACUGGUAACUGGUAUCUGGCCAACAAUGGGAAAGACUGUAUCCACGACAAUGGGCAGCGGUGCCAUCCAGAUCAGUUCACCUGUCUUGAUGGAAGCUGUUUGUCUCAGCGCUGGAAGUGUGAUGGCUACAAGGACUGUAAAGAUGGCUCCGAUGAGCUUGAGAGAGUGUGUGCCUUCCAUACCUGCUCACCCACUGAAUUCACCUGUGAUAAUGGGGGCUGUGUGCUGCUGUACUAUGUGUGUGACUACACAAAUGACUGUGGCGAUAACAGCGACGAAAAUGGCUGUCCCUUCCCAACCUGUAACCCUACAACAGAGUUUACUUGUGCCAACGGACGCUGCAUCAGUGCUGCUUUUGUGUGUGAUGGAUUCAAUGACUGCCGAGAUAAUGGCACCACAGAUGAGAUUAACUGCCCGGACAGAACCUGCGCACCUGGCUUAAUAAAAUGUGACAAUACCAACAUCUGCAUCUCUCCGAAUAGCUUGUGUGAUGGCUUUAACAACUGUGGGGACAACAGUGAUGAAAAUCCACUCUUCUGUGCUAGUCGGACGUGUUCUGCAGAGGAGUUCCGCUGUGAUAAUGGGAAAUGUAUUCCCCAGACAUGGGUGUGUGAUCGCAUCCCAGAUUGUUUGGAUGGCACAGAUGAGCCCCCCACCUGCGAGGAUCAUGUUGUGACCUGUAGCCCACAGCAGUUCAGUUGUGCGAAUGGAAACUGCAUUCAGGGAUCUUUCAUAUGUGAUGGCAACAAUGACUGUGGAGACAACAGUGAUGAGGCCCCAGAACUGCAGUGCGGAUCAAGGACUUGCAGCCCAAGUGAUUUCACAUGUCCAACUUGGUUACCGGGCUCUCCGCGAUGUAUUCCAUUGAGUUUUCUGUGUGAUGGUGAGAAGGACUGCUCAGACGCCGCAGAUGAGCUGCAGAACUGCCCCAACCGCACCUGCCACAUGAACGAGUUUGCCUGUGCCAACGGUCGCUGCAUUCUGGUGCCUUUCCACUGUGACCGUGUGAAUGACUGUGGGGAUGGCAGUGAUGAGAUUGGGUGUGUGUACGACACCUGCUCCAGUCGUGAGUUCACCUGUCAGAAUGGAAUGUGUAUCCUGUCUACGUUUGUAUGCGAUGGAGAAGCUGACUGUCGGGACGGCUCUGAUGAGCUGGUGGGGUUGUGCAGGAGCCCAGAACCCACCUGUGCACCUGGACAAUUUCUGUGCAAUUCUGGUGAAUGCAUUGACAAUCACAAGGUCUGCAACCAGCAGAGGGACUGCUCUGACAAUAGUGAUGAGAAGGGGUGUGGCAUAAAUGAAUGCAUUAACCCAGCCGUCCAUCAGUGUGCACACAACUGCACAGACACUCCCACGGGUUACUACUGCUCCUGCAGGGAAGGCUACAAACUCAUGGCAGAUGGCAAGGCCUGUGAGGACAUAGAUGAGUGCAAGGAGAUGCCAGGAGUGUGCAGUCAGGUUUGCGAGAAUGCUGUGGGCACCUUCCACUGUAAGUGUGCCCCAGGAUAUUUACGGGAGCCCGAUGGCCGCACCUGCAGGCAGAACAGUGGGAUCUCUCCAUAUCUCCUCUAUAGCAACCGUUACUACAUCCGUAACCUGACUGCUGAUGGAUCUUCACUCUCAGUGGUUCUGCAGGGCCUGUCUAACGCUGUGGCUCUCGACUUUGAUAACUCUGAGAAACGUUUGUACUGGGUGGAUGUUGGCAUAAUGCGUAUUGAAAGGAUGAAUUUAGAUGGGACAGGGAGGGAGGUUGUAUUGCAGCAUGAUCUGGUUGGAACAGAGGGCCUGGCUGUGGACUGGGUGGGCCGGAAGCUGUACUGGACUGAUGCCACCAUGGGAGCCAUUCACGUAUCUGAACUUGAUGGACGUUACCGGAAGAAGCUCCUCCAAGGAUGUGUUGACGCCAACUCUACAUACUGCUUUGCCAAUCCUCGGGCUGUUGCUGUCAACCCUAAAUAUGGAUGGCUAUAUUGGACAGACUGGGGAAGGACAGCCUUCAUUGGCAGAGCUGGCAUGGAUGGAUCCAGUGCAUCAGCAAUCAUCACUUCAAAGCUGGUGUGGCCAAAUGGCCUGACCAUUGACUACACCAAUAACAAAAUAUUUUUUGCUGAUGCUCACCUCAAUUUCCUUGAUUAUGCUGAUAUGGAUGGACAGAACAGACACAGGGCUAUAGCUGGCUCUUUGCCUCAUGCUUAUGCUUUGACCCUGUUUGAAGACUCUGUAUUCUGGACAGACUGGAACACCCACACCAUAGAGAGGGCCCACAAGUACACCGGUGCUGACCGUGUUGUCAUGGGCAACAACACACACCGCCCAAAUGACAUCCACAUCUACCAUCCUUACAGACAGCCACGCAGUGAGAAUCCCUGCAAUGAUCAUUUCCUAAUCUGUAGUCAUCUGUGUCUGAUUGGGCCGGGUGGCACAUCUGCCUCAUGCGUGUGUCCGGAUCACUUUAUUGGUCUGGCUAUUGGCUUUAAGAUCCAGUGUGUGGCAGACUGCUCCAGCACUCAGUUCCGCUGUGGCGACAAUGAAAAGUGUAUUCCCAUAUGGUGGAAGUGCGAUGGUCAGUCAGACUGUGGGGAUGGCUCAGAUGAACCUCAGACUUGUCCUCCACGUUACUGUCCGAUUGGACGAUUCCAGUGCCAAGACAAAAACUGCACCUACCCAUUUUUUCUGUGUGAUGGCCACAAGGACUGCCCUGAUGGAUCUGAUGAAGACGCAGCACUAUGCAGUGACCACCGUUGCUCAGAGAAUCAGUUUCAGUGUACAAACAAGCUCUGUAUCCCGAUAUCUUGGCACUGUGAUGGUGUGCAGGACUGUUCUGAUGGCAGCGAUGAGGAAGCAGAGAGCUGUGCACAGAAGACUUGCAAACCUGGACAGUUCCAAUGCAAAAAUGGACGUUGUAUACCACCAAGUUAUGUAUGCGAUGCGCAAGACGACUGUGGAGACAACUCAGAUGAGCCAUAUGAUAUAUGUAUGGGUCCUGAUCAUAAGUGUGAUGCAGAUACAGAGUUCUCCUGCAAGACAAACUAUCGCUGUAUACCUCAGUGGGCAGUCUGUGAUGGCACCAAUGACUGCAUAGACAACAGUGAUGAGCAGGGCUGCCAUGAGUUGACCUGUGAACCUCUGGGAGAUUUCCGCUGUGAUAACCAUCGCUGUGUGCCCAUUCGCUGGCGUUGUGAUGGGAACAAUGACUGUGGAGAUGGAUCUGAUGAGAGAAACUGUGAACCCAGACCUUGCUCUGAGAGUGAGUAUCGCUGUGACAACCAGCAGUGCAUUCCAGGAGCAUGGGUUUGUGACCAUGACAAUGACUGUGGGGACAAUUCCGAUGAGAGGGACUGUGAGCUGCUGACCUGUCGUCCUGGAACAUUCCAGUGUUCAUCUGGACACUGCAUUCCAGAAGCUCUUAAAUGUGAUGGCCGUCCCGACUGCAUGGACUUUUCUGAUGAGUCCACAUGCCCAACUCGCUAUCCUGGAGGACGAUGGUGUCCAGCACAUCAGUUCCAGUGUGACAACAAGGUGUGUGUGAACCAGCAGUGGGUGUGUGAUGGCUUCAAUGACUGCAGAGACAGCUCAGAUGAACAACUUAUCUUCUGCUGGAACAUCACUUGUGAAAUGCCAGUCAAGUUCCGCUGUGACAAUGGCUUCUGCAUUUAUAGUGGUCUCAUGUGCAACCAAAAAGACGACUGUGGGGAUGGCAGUGACGAAAAAGAAGACCUCUGUAAAGAGCCCACUCUCGCUCCUUGUACACCCAAUGAGUUUAAAUGCACUAAUGGACACUGUGUGGCUCUGCCCUAUGUGUGUGACCACAAUGACAACUGUGGAGACCUUACUGAUGAAUUGGGCUGCAAUUUUGGUCACGACCGCACCUGUGAUGAGAAAUUAUGUCAGCAUGAGUGUACAAACCUGAAUGGCACUGGCUUCAUCUGUUCUUGUAGGCCAGGCUAUGCUGUAGAUCCAGACAACACCUUCCGCUGCAGUGAUAUAAAUGAGUGUUUAGGGUAUGCCACUUGCCCACAGGUCUGCAAGAACUCUAAAGGAAGCUAUGAUUGUGAGUGUGCCCAGGGGUACAGGAAAGUGGGCACAGGCAAUGAGUGUGUGGCUAAAGGUCCAGGGCCGCUGCUCCUGCUGCCGGAGAACAUCCGCAUCCGCCGCUUCAACCUCCAGACAGAGGAGUACCACAACUUCCUGCAGGAAGAGGAGCGCAUUGUGGCCCUGGACUAUGACUGGGACCACAACAACACUGGAUUUAGUAUGGUGUAUUUUACAGUAGAAGGGAAGGGUGCACUGCCUGGUGCCAUUAAAAGAGCUUAUCUGCCUGAUGUCGAUGAUCACAGUAAUAACAUUGCUGCUGCCGUUGACCUGGACAUCAAGUAUAUCACCAAGCCAUAUGGGAUUGCAGUGGACUGGGUUGGCAGGAAUUUGUACUGGGCUGAUGCCCAGCUCAAACGCCUGGAGGUUGCCAUGCUGGAUGGACGUUACAGGAAGCAUCUGAUUAAGACUGACCUAGGACAACCAAAUUCUGUAGCUCUUAAUCCUCGCUUGGGGAUGCUUUACUGGAGUGACAAUGGCCCCACACCUCGCAUCGAGGCCUCCUGGUUGGAUGGUCAAGAGAGGAGGGUUCUGGUGGACAGUGCUUUGGGAUGGCCUACAGGCCUGUCCAUCGACUUCACUAACAAUGACCGAAUCUAUUGGUCAGAUGCAAAGGAGAGUCGCAUUGAGUCCAUUCUGCCAGAUGGACAAGACAGACGCACAGCAGUUUUCAUAGAUGUGAGAAAUCCUUUCAGUGUGGAUGUGUUUGAGGACCAUGUGUACUGGAGCACGCAGGAGAAGGGUGAAGUUUUCAGACAGGACAAGUUUGGCAAAGGCGCCAAAACCAGACUCUUGACAGCAGGGCCCUGGCUCACCCAGAUCAACGUUUACCAGCAGCAGAAAUACAACUCUAUAGCCAUGAAGAACCCUUGUAGGGGCACAUGCAGUCACCUGUGUCUGUUAAGACCUGGAGGCUACACCUGUGCCUGCCCAGAGGGCACCAGCUUCUUCCCUGGCAGCAGCACGGAGUGUGACGCAGGAAUUGAUCCUGAACCCACCAUGCCCCCUCCAUGCCAGUGCAUGAAUGGUGGAACCUGCUACUUUGAUGACAAUAAGGCGCUCUGCAUCUGUCCUCCUGAUUGGAAAGGAGAUUUCUGCCAGACUAGUGUUUAUGGUGUAGUCACAACCUCAGUUGCAAUUGCUCUUGGAGUUACAGUGGUUGUGGCUCUUUUCCUGGGAUGUCUGAUAUAUUCUGCCCAUAAGAAAUCAAAAAUCAUGGAUGCUCUGCAUAACAUCAAUCUACCCAUCAGCAUAUCUAUCUUCAGCAGUUUCUGGGGUGGUUCCUCUGAAUCAUCUAACAACCCACCAGAAUCCAGAGAAGAUAAUGACAACAAAAACAUUCCCAAAGAGGAGUCCAACACAUCAAUAGAAGUGGAGGGAACAGGGAAAAGUUUUGAAAACCCAGCAUACAGUGCUGAGGGAGAAGCACAAGGCUCUCCCGCUGCCCCUACUACUGUAGCAACUACAGUCAUCAGCGUGCCUGCCAUAGAGAGUAUUGAAAACCCAGUCUAUGCCUCUGAGAUGAGCCCUGUGACCCAGCCAAAUGAUGCUGUAACCCCCAUCAAAACAGACGCCAUUCCAGCCAACACUGAGCCUGACAAGGGUAGCAAGGCUGAUACGUCACAGCUGCAGACCGAGGUGGAUACAGAUGAUAUGUUCGCCAACCCAUUGUAUAUGGAUUCACCAUUCACAAGCAGCCAGGGAGAGUCUACAAUCUGAAGACAAUUUGAUAUCAUCUUGCAUGACUGGUUCUCAGUCACUGUGGCAGCUAAGACUUAUGGCUGCUAAAUUAUGGCUGCAGUAUACUAUCCAUCAAUGUGAUUUAGGUCUGAAUGCAGUAUGCAGGGAGUUACAACAAAGUUUUGGAUGACAAACACUCAGUAAACUCUUUGAUUACACAUUACUUUUGAUGUAUUUUUAUAUAUAAAGCUUUGCAAUGGGAUAGGUUAGUAUUGUUGAUUACACAUACCUUUUAAUGUAUUUUUAUAGAUAAAGCUUUGCCCUGUGGUACUUUAGAUAUAUUGCCUUGUCUGUAAAUUGAUGUAAUGAUUUUCAUCAAAUUACUGAUGCAUUGUCUGCCUGACAAAGUCUAGAAUGUAUGGGAUCAGAAUAUAAUGCUGUUUGUAUUAUUUUGUUAAGAUAUUAAUAAAAUGUAAUUAUGUCUUGCAAAAGGUUUUUGAUGAAUUGUCGAACUUUUCUUUUCUUACUCAGUAUUUUAUUUAUUUAUUUUAUUUUAUUUUAUUUUUUGGCUUGUUUUCCAUUCUAAGCAUCCUUAAAACUUUUCCUUGAAGAACAAAAUAUAAUUGCAAAAAAUAACAGCAAAAAAAAUUAUAUAACUGCCAACUUAGAAUUUGUAUCUUCCAAAAAAAUAAAUAAUAAAAUAUCCAAGCAUCCUUAAAACAUAUCCUUGAGGAGUAAAAUAUAAUUGAAAAAAAAAAAUAACAGCAACAAUAAUUUAAUAACUACAAAAAAUAUUUUUCUUUCUCAGUAUAUACCCCCCACUAAAUAUAUCUAAAUAUUCAUAAAACAUUUUCUUGAAGAGCAAAAUCACAAGAUAUUAAGGCUUGUUUUCAAAGAAAACAAGAAAAUCAAAGAAAAACAUUUCUCACCCCAUUGGCAAUUUUGUUCUUGUUUUAAG